UGUCACAGUCUGUCAACAAUUUUAAAAAAUACUGCAAUCCAUAUGCAACUCUUGAAAGAAAAAUCGAAAUGGAUUACCAAACUGGACACGUAAUGAACCUAGCCAACAGCAUUAUCGGCGUAAGUGUGCUGGCUAUGCCGUAUUGCUUCAAACAAUGUGGUAUUGUAUUAUCCAUCCUGAUGCUACUAAUGAGCAGUAUUAUCUCAAGACUGGCGUGCCACUUCCUAUUAAAGUCCGCUAUAAUCGCCAGAAGGAAGACCUUCGAGUUCUUGGCUUUUUAUAUAUUCGGUGCGAUGGGAAAGUUUGCUAUCGAAAUAGGCAUCAUAGGUUUCCUCAUCGGAACCUGCAUAGCUUUCUUCGUUGUUAUGGGGGACUUGGGACCUGAAAUUAUAGCCGAAAUUACCGGAUCUUACACCACUAACACCAUGAGGACCAGUAUUCUGAUGGCACUUUCCUUGUUCUGUGUAUUACCACUCGGAUUAUUAAGAAACGUUGACAGUUUAAGUGGCGUGUCUAGAGCUACGAUAGGGUUUUAUUUCUGCUUGGUUCUAAAGAUAGUCUUUGAAGGAAUUCCCCAUAUAUUCAGCGGGGACUGGUACAACAACGUAAACUUUUGGAGACCCGCCGGAAUAUUACAAUGCCUACCGAUUUUCACUAUGGCUUUAUUUUGUCAAACACAGUUGUUUGAGAUAUACCAAGCUCUGCAGAAUGCAACUUUAGAAGAAAUGAACAAUCUAGUGCGGAUCGCUGUUAAUAUUUGCACCUGUGUGUACACUUUUGUAGGUGUUUUUGGUUACAUUGCCUUUUUUCAAAAGCCUUUUACAGGUAAUAUAUUGCUCAGUUUCUCUCCAUCGCUUAUGACUGAUGUUAUAAAGAUAGGAUUUAUUCUGUCGGUGGCGUUCAGUUUUCCAUUGGUAAUUUUUCCCUGCCGUGCAAGUCUCUACUCGCUACUGUAUAAGGAAGGCUACCCUAUACAUGAAGGAAUGUCCGCUUAUAUUCCCGAAGGAAGAUUUAAAGGACUAACCCUAUUUAUAGUAUUUAUUUCACUCAUAAUAGGCAUUAUGAUACCAAAUAUCGAACUUGUGUUGGGUUUAGUGGGAUCGACUAUCGGCGUUAUGAUUUGCGUUGUAUUCCCCGUGACGUGUUUCAUCUGUAUAUCUCAAAAGAACACCAACGAAAGGAUUCUAGCACAACUAAUGCUUAUGAUUGGCGUUUUCGUAAUGGUUUUGGGCACUUACAAAAAUCUGUAUUCAAUGGAGAGUUUAGAACCUAAUACGGUCACAAUCAGCAGCUUUAAAAACUUGGAACAAUUGGAGUUAAAUGUGGGCAGAGCAGCCGAUAAAAUUGAAAUGGCAAAGAACAUUGUCGAAAAAAUCCCUACAACUGCAAAGAUUAUGAAUGUCGAAAGUAAAAUAAAUGUUGGCGAAAAAGUAACCACGGUAACAGUUGUAGGAAACGAAGAACUUAUAGAAAUUAGACAUGAGCCUCCACAACCGAUCGAACCAGUAGAAGAACCUGAAGUAAAGAAUAAGGAACCACCAGAACGGGUGCUAGAGCCAGAGAAAGACAAAGUAGAGAAAGUUAAUCCUCCAGAGAUACCAAAAUUAUUGGACAAACCCACGAACGAUUCGAAAAAUGAUGAAGUGGACAUCGAAGCCAUCAAAAAAGAAGACAAGGAGGUACAGCAGCAAGAAGAAGAAAAUAUAAAUAAGGGCGACGCUAACCAAGCAUUACUCGAUACGAUUCAAAAGCAAAACGAAGUCCAAAUGAAAAUCAUGGAACAACACAAGAAACUCAAUGAAGAGAGAGUUAAGGCUAUGAAGGAGAUAGAGACCAUCGCGCGUCAGGCUAUAGAAAAAAUUAGUGGAGGGAAAGAAGACGACAAAAUAGUUGCCGAUCUGAAAAAACAGGUGAACGAAAACGUUAAGCUAGACACUGGAGAUGAAACAAUAGUGAAUGAUAACAGUAGAGGGAAAGAAAGGAAUAAUGUUAACAAAAAUUUAGACAACUCGUCCAAGGAAAAGAAACUUCGAGAAAAUGCAAUUGAAGGAAGUAUGAAUGAAAGAAAGGAACAGUUAGUGGCAGGACCUGAUUCAUUAAUUGAUGACGGGAAUCGAGAAAAAAACAUUGCAGCAAAAGACAAUGCGCAAGACGAUAAACACGAUGAGAAGCUCAAUGGAGAAAAUAUUCAAAAAGAUUUAAGAGAAAGAAAAGUGCUUUCAGAGAAUACCGAAGAUGUAAACAAUAAACAAAAAGAGGCACCUCUCGUAAAACAUCCCAAUUCGCCUGUGAAUAACAUCGAUCAAGAACAAAAAAUUGUAGAAAAAGUAGCCGAGUCUAAAGAAAAUGUACCGAUACCGAAAAAGCCUGAACUUCCUGAAAUUAUCCAACGCAACAAUGCGCCUUUGUUGCCAAACAUCAGCAUUGCGAGUAUAAACAACACCGCACCGUUAUUCUUGAAACUAGGGAAGUCCGAUUCAAAAAUGGAAGAAAAUAAUGUUCCCAAAAUGGUGCCGCUACCUCUUAUCAUGUCUGGGAAUGUACCGAACAAUUUGAGUAAGCCCGAAUCUCCACCAAAAGAACCGAAAGAAAAAGACAAUGAAGAUAACAGCAAAGAAGAGUUGAAAGCUUUAAGAAAGGAUAUUUUGUAACUGAAGAGUAAAUGAUAGAAUGGAAGAGACUGUAUUAUGUUAAUUGUCUGUGAUGAAGGUGUAUAUAAUUAUUUAAAAGCAAAUGUUAAGUAUUCGUCAAAGAAAAUACCUAUUUUGUAAAUAUGCUGAUGAUAAAUUAAUAAAAUGUUUUUAUUUUA